AUUACAACAAUGUCAAUGUCAGUUAAAUAAAGGCCGCGAAAUAAAAAAGGGCUAUUAUAGUUUUGUGGAAAAUGAUAAUCGUCCAUGUUUUUAAUAGUUUAUUACUUUAUACUCCGAUAAUACCGGUCUUAAAACAUGAAGUUUCGCUCCGUGAUGAUUGAUGCUGGUCCUAUGCGAGAAUUCUCAAAUGUUGUAACUACGAUUUCAAAACUAUCGAAAGAGUGUGUGUUAAGAAUAGCGGAAGAUAAACUCUACUUUAUAGUCAGUGAUGAAAACAACGGUCCGGCGCCACCGGUUUUGUGGUGUGAAAUACCUCAACCAAUGUUUUUUUCUGAGUAUCAAAUGAUCGGUCUUGACGAUGAUCAUAAGGAUAUUUAUUUAGGAUUUGCAGCUGCUAAUUUGGCAAGAUCUCUUUCAACAUUAAAGUCUGCCAAGUGCUUGAAAAUGAAACUGACAAAGAAACAAUGUCCAUGUUUAACUCUGGAAAUUGAAAUGCCUUCGUCAACUUCGCAGCAAACCCGGCAUGUGACAUAUGACAUUCCAGUUGUGGUCAUUCCAAGGAAAAUGUGGGCAGACUUCAAUGAACCAAAGACUCCAUAUCCUGAUAUCUCAAUCGAGUUGCCACCGCUGAAACAAUUACGCACCACAAUAGAUAGGAUGAGAACCAUGGCGUCCGAAGUAGUGAUCAGGGCAUCCGCAGAAGGCAGACUUACGUUGCAAAUUAGAACUGACAUGGCCAAAGUAUCAACAAGGUUUAAGGAUCUUAAAGUGGAGGCUUUUGGAGGACCAAUAGAACAUUCAGACUCUGAAACUGAAUCUCAAGAUAACGAAGACAUAUCUAGGAUAUGCUACUGCAAAGUUGAUGCCAAGAAAUUUUCUAUAUUCCUUAGUGCAGAACAAAUAUCGCACAAUCGAACUGUGUGUAGCAUUGUGCACAAGAAACUAAUAAUUUUGUGUUUACAGACUCAAGAAAAUGUUAAAUUGCAGUGUUUUAUUACCGGGAUUGUGUAUUAAGGAAUUUUAUGUGCCUUCUUUAUUUAGUGUUAACGUGUAAAACUUAAUUCACUGUCUGACAGUGGCACUAAUACUUUUAAUUAUUUUUUUUGCUACAAACAUUUGGAAAGCAUGAGUUGUGGCAAAACAUUAGUUUAAUCCACACAAAAAAAUAUAUUAUAUAGGUACAACAAAUGUAAUAAAAGUCAUAUUUAUUGUAACAAUCACUUUUAUUCCAGU